AUGGAUAAUAUAGAUAACAAUCAACAAGAAGAAGAAGAAGAAGAAGAAGUAAUAGGAAACUUAUUACAAGAUAUUAAACAACUUUGGAUUAAUGAAAGACUUUCACCUGAUCUAUUACCCUAUGACAAUGAGAAAAUAGGUAUUGCAACAUCUAAAAUGCAAGAACGUGAAGAUAUCUUGGCUACUAUCACUUCUGAUCCAUUGGUAGUUCAUAUAUAUGAAAUGGAGAAAGAAAGAAUCAAAUAUAUAGUUAGAUCAUAUCUAAGAACAAGAUUACAAAAGAUUGAAAGAUAUAAUGAAUAUUUAUUAAUGAGAGAAGAAACAAGAAAAAGAAUGUCUGAAUUUGAGAUCAUCUAUUGUACCAAAUACAAUGAUCUAGUUAAAAAUCAUUUUAAUCAAUCAUUUUUAUCAAAUCUUGGUGAUGAUUUGAAAAGAGUAGAUUCUGAUAAAUCUUGUCAAAAACCAAUUACAGAUAAUUAUGUUUUUUGUACACCGAAUGGUAAUGUUGGACAAAUUGAAAUUGAUGAAGAGAGCUUUCACUCUGCUGACCAGUCGUCUAAAAAAGUACAAGCAAAACAAGGUACAGAUGAUCUUGUUAUGCUUCCCAAGAUCUCUGAAGAGGAAAUCGUAGAGAACUUAAAGAAGCGUUAUAUGAAUGAUUUCAUCUAUACAAACAUUGGACCUGUAUUGAUUUCAGUCAAUCCAUUUAGAAAUUUGGGUAAUGCAGGUGACGAUUAUGUAGAUGCAUACAGAGGUAAACAUGCUCAAGAAGUACCACCACAUCUCUAUCAAUUAGCAGAAUCUGCCUAUAGAGCAAUGAAAAACGAUCAAGAAAAUCAAUGUGUCAUCAUUUCUGGUGAAUCUGGUGCUGGAAAGACUGAAGCAGCCAAAAUGAUUAUGAAUUAUAUUUCAAAGGUAUCAGGAGGUACUGAAAAGGUAGAAUAUGUAAAGCAUGUUAUUCUCGAAUCCAAUCCAUUGUUGGAAGCUUUUGGUAAUGCCAAGACACUCCGUAACAACAAUUCAAGUCGUUUUGGAAAAUAUUUUGAAAUUCAAUUUGAUAAGGCUGGUGAUCCAGUUGGAGGUAAAAUUUAUAAUUAUUUGUUGGAAAAGUCGCGUGUAGUUUAUCAAAAUCAUGGUGAACGUAAUUUCCAUAUUUUCUACCAAUUGUUGGCUGGUGCCUCUGCACAAGAGAAACGUGAUUAUGUAUUGUCAUCACCAGAUCAAUUCUACUAUCUCAAUCAAAGUGAAUGUUAUACUGUCGAUGGUAUAGAUGAUGCUGCCGACUAUCGUGAAGUCCGUCAUGCCAUGGAGGUCAUUGGUCUCUCUGCCGAAGAACAAAGCAUUCUCAUGAGACUUGUAGCCUGUGUCUUGCACAUUGGUAACAUUUACUUUAUUGAAGAUGAUAAAGGUAAUGCCGUCGUCUAUGAUCCAAAUGCUCUCGAACUCGCUGCCUCUAUGCUUUGUAUUGAUUCUGCCACUCUCCAAAAUGCCAUUCUUUUCCGUGUUAUCAAUACUGGUGGUGCUGGUGGUGGUACUGGUAAUCGUCGUUCAACUUAUAAUGUUCCUCAAAAUGUAGGACAAGCAUCAGGAGCAAGAGAUGCAUUAGCAAGAACCAUUUAUGAUCGUAUGUUUUCAUGGUUGGUUGAACGUGUAAAUGUAGCUCUUUCCUAUUACCAAUCACCAUUUGCAAAUGUAAUUGGUAUUUUGGAUAUUUUUGGUUUUGAAAUUUUCGAACGUAAUGGUUUCGAACAAUUUUGUAUCAACUUUGUCAAUGAAAAGUUGCAACAAUUCUUUAUCGAGUUGACACUCAAAGCUGAACAAGAAGAAUAUGUAAAGGAAGGUAUUAAAUGGGAACCAAUCAAGUACUUUAACAACCAGAUUGUGUGUGACCUUAUCGAAGGUAAACAACCACCAGGUAUCUUUUCGCUGCUCGAUGAUAUCUGCUCGACCUUGCACGCUCAAUCGACUGGUACCGAUCAAAAGUUCCUUGAAAAGAUGGCCGGUGUCUAUGACGGUCAUUUGCAUUGGCGUUGUAUGACUGGUGCCUUUGCCGUCAAACAUUAUGCCGGUGAGGUAACCUAUGAAGCCGAAGGUUUCUCUGACAAGAACAAAGAUACUCUCUUUUUCGAUCUCAUUGAAGCCAUUCAAACUAGUAAAAUGGCUUUCCUCACUUCGUUGUUCCCAGAGGAUACUGGAUCACUCCAAAAGAAACGUCCAACUACUGCAGGAUUCAAGAUUAAAAACUCGGCUGCCGAGUUGAUGAAGGCUCUCUCUGCCUGUACCCCACAUUACAUUCGUUGUAUCAAACCAAAUGAAACUAAAAAGGCAAAGGAUUGGGAAGGAAGUCGUGUACGUCAUCAAGUACAAUACCUCGGUCUCUUGGAAAACGUUCGUGUCCGUCGUGCCGGUUUUGCCUAUCGUGCUCCCUUUGAAAGAUUCCUCCGUCGUUACAAGAAGCUUUCAAGCAAGACUUGGGGUCUGUGGGGUGAAUGGAAGGGUGAUGCCAAGGAAGGUGCCAAGACUAUCUGUCAAGACCUCAACCUUGACGCCAGUCAAUGGCAACUAGGUGUCACCAAGAUCUUUGUUCGUCAUCCAGAGUCUGUCUUCCACUUGGAAGAAAUGCUCGAUCGUAAAGACUAUGACUGCGUCGUACGUAUCCAAAAGGCAUUCCGUAACUGGAAGGCCAAGAAGCACUCGCUCGAACAACGUGCUCAAAUCGCUCACAUGUUCAAGGACAAAAAGGAACGUCAACGUAACUCGAUCGAGCGAAAGUUCACCGCCGACUAUAUCGACUUUGACAAUCAAUUUGGUGUCCAAGCUGCCAUGGACAAUGCCCAAAAGAAGGAGCGUAUUGUGUUUGCCGACAAUGUCACCAAGGUCGAUCGUCGUGCCAAGACCAAGCCACUCAUCUUUGUCGCCUCUGACCAAGCCAUCUACUUUGUCGAAAAGUCCAUCAAAAAGAAACAGGAAAUAUUCACUCUGCUGCGUCGUGUCGCCCUCCGUGACAUUCGUGCCGUCAGCAUCUCGACAUUGUCUGACAAUUACGUCGUCUUUGGUCUGCCCGAGUUUGACCAGGUCAUCGAGAACGACAAAAAGACAGAGUUGAUCAUCGUCCUCGUCGAGUACUACAAGAUCUUGACUGGCUCGGCCUUGAACGUCCAGUUCUCUGACAAUAUCAACUACACCCUCAAAAAGAAUGCUCAACAUGGUAUCUCUUUUUCCAAAAACGAAAUGGCCAACCCACUCCCCAUCAUCAAGAAGGGUGGCAAGGGUUUGACCGUUGGUGUCGCUACUGGUCUCCCAGCAUCCACCGACUCUACUCCUCGUAAUUACAAUCCAAAUUCAAUGGCUCAGUCGGCUCCUCGUCAACAACCACAACAAGCUGGAAGAGGAAGAGGUAUGCCUCAACAAGGUGGAAGUAGUGCUCCACAAGGAGGUGCUCAACAAGCUCCUCGUCAAAUGCCAGUCCCUCAAAUGGGUGGUGGCGCUGCUGGAGGUAAUCCAAUGGGUCGUGGAGGUUUACCACAACAAGGUGGUGCUGGUCGUGGUAUGGGUACGCCUCAACAACAACAAGGUGGUGCCGGACGUGGUAUGGGUAUGCCACAACAAGGUGGUGCUGGCCGUGGAAUGCCACAACAAGGUGGUGCAGGCCGUGGAGGUCCUCAACAAGGUGGUGGUGCUCCAAGACCAGCUCCACCAGCAGCCAAACCUGCUGCACCAAAGCUUCCAACUGCCAAGGCUCUCUAUGACUAUGAUGCCACCAGCCAGGAUGAAUUGACCUUCAAGGAAGGUGAUGUCCUUACCAUUGUUCAAAAGUCUGAUGGAUGGUGGGAGUGUGACCUGCGAGGACGUAAAGGAUGGUGUCCUGCAAACUAUUUGCAAGCCUAG